GUGACGUCGCUGCGUCAGCUGUUGCAAGUCGCGUCCAGCAAUGCCGGGACAUCUGUGUCUGAGACGGUGAAAACAAAUACGGAAACACUCAGUUUCGAAUCAAAUCCAUCCUCGGGGGAGAAACAGAUUCUUCGACAUGAGUCAGCCAGCAGAAAGAGCCUAUUACAGGUUUCUGGUCCUAUUUUUCAACUGUCUGCUGACUUUUGGUUCUUAUUUCUGCUUUGACAUUCCAAGUGUACUUCAGGAGCAGUUCCAGGGGAAUCUCACUUGUCUUAAUUCUAAUGUGACUAAUGGGACAACAGAUUGUGUGGAGGGACUGGGAAUGACCCCAGAGCAGUAUAACCUUCUCUAUGCAAUCUAUGCAUGGACAAAUGCUGUGGUGGUGAUACUGGCCGGUUUCUUCAUAGACAAGCUGGGAAAUCGCGUUGGUGUCCUCUUGUUCUCCUUUCUUAUUGUGCUGGGCUCGGCUACCUUUGCUUUGGGAUCUCAUUUCAAGGGCACCAGUUACCUUCUGCCACUGAUGCUCAUUGGCCGACUUCUCUUUGGCUCAAGCAAUGGGUCACUCAUAAUUGCUCAGGGCCGUAUCAUUGCUUUCUGGUUCAAAAGUAAGGAGCUGUCGUUGGCUUUUGGGCUGAAUGUGGCCUUCUCCCGUUUUGGCAGUGUCCUCAACUUCUUAUUAACCCAAUCUUUUGAAGCACAUUUUGGGAUUCAGUGGACUCUUUGGGCAGGAACUUUUCUGUGUGCUCUUAGCUUUGUGUCAGCCAUCAUCGUUGGCAUCCUGGAUGGAAAUGGUGCAAAGCAGCUUGGACUGGAUGGUGUUCUCCAGCAGGAAUCCAAGAAAGUGAGGCUACAGGAUAUUCGUCAUUUGUCUCUCCACUACUGGCUGCUGGUUCUCACCAUCAUGUUCUUCUAUAAUGGAAUCUUUCCAUUCAUUGCUGAUGCCACCAAGUUUAUUCAGGAUAAGUAUUCUGGGUACAGUCACCAAGAAGCCUCCUACAUCACUGGUGCUGUGUUCGAUAGCUCAUUGAUUCUAUUACCCAUAGCUGGAAUCCUCAUUGAUUACGUAGGAUUGAGAGGAAUAUUUGCCAUGAUGUGUGCCAUGUUGACAGUCCCAGUUUUCACACUCUUGGCAUUCACCUUUGUACCGCCAUUGGUUUCCAUGAUAUGGCUGGGAGUCACCUACUCAUUUGCUGCUGCAAGUCUGUGGCCAUCAACCAUGUUAGUGGUUCCUCUGGCAAAUCUUGGAACAGCUUCAGGAAUCGCAACCUCAGUGCAAAUGAUUGGCGUUGGUAUUUGCAACCUGAUUGUUGGACAGAUCCUUGGAAGCAAAUUCAGUGAUUUGAAGAUCCCAGUGUGGCGCUGGAGGCAGAUGAUGAUCUUCAUGCUGGCCAACACCAUCUGCUGUUUGAUCACCUCCAUCAUUCUCAAUAUAGUGGAUACAAGAAAGGGUAACGUAUUGAACAAAACCACCAAGCAUUCUGAGGCUAUGAAAGAGGAAGAUCAAGAAGCAUCAGAGACAUCUCCUCUUCUAACAGAUAGCAGCAAUGAAAACAAAAUUAACUGAGGAAUAAUAUGAAGAACCAUUUAGCUGUCUUAGUUUAAGAGAGAAAAUGGACAAUUCUUCAGAUGUCUUUUUUUUAAAGUGCUAUUCUACCAGUAUGAUCAAUUGUCACAUGUCAAAUAUUAAUCACAUCAAGGCAAUAAGUUUUUUAGCUGAACUUAAGACAUUUUUAUUAAAUCUAAUAAUGUCUACAGUCCCAUCAUAAUCUUCAGCAAAUACUAUAACUUAUUAGCUGGUGUUUGCCACCUGUUCCAGCAUUUAUAGUUACUAUUUGGGUAAUUUACUAUUUGUUGGAAUUGCUUGCAGAGGCAGGGUUGUUGAUGCAGGACUAUAGUUAGCUUUUUACUGUUGUCACUGAAUAAAAGAAACUUUGAGUUUCUGUUCCUCUGUUCUAAACCUGAUCUUUGGGUUGAUGCAUGAAAAUUUGCAAAAGGGAAUAUUUUACAUUUCUGUAGGACUGUCAGGUAAAUAAGCAAUAUCACACCUUGACAUAGCCUUAAUACUUCAGAAGUCUUAGACAGCUACACUAAAGUAUAUUUGUUUUUAGUGGUCAUGUAGUGUUACUUUGACUACUUCCGAUCUCAGAGAAAAAUAGUUUUG